AUGGUGUUAAUCGUGAAUAGUGCUUCGGGAAAAGUCCCGCGUGGUGGUGGAGUGGAAGUGGAAAAAGCACUACCGACAGCAGACGGCCGGCUGCGGCCAGUUUCAUCGGUGCGGCUGCUUACGGUGACACUGUUUUUCUCCGGUGCUUUCCUCUGGCGGUGCGUCGAGUGUAGCACCGACGCGGUGAGGAUACGCGUGCAGGAUCACGCCCUGCUCGGAGCCGGCGGUCGGUGGGAAAGUGUGUGCGGUGAGCCACCGUCGGGGGCGGCCGGGGCUGACGGGGACACCCUCAACCUGUCGGAACUGGUGGCGCAAAGUGACGUGAUAUUCAAAGCAUUCGCUGGCCACGGAAACGACCUGCGAGAUGCCGCCCUAACCCGCCCGACGGUCGCCACCCAUCAGCGCCGCCAGCAGGACCAGAAACACCACCAGCCGCGGUGGAAAGAACGAAGCGAAGACUUCGUCGUACGGCUCGAGCCCGGCACCGUCUACAAAGGAAAUGAACUUUUCCAACAACUGCAGCUGAACAGCUGGCGGCAUUAUUUCAUCAUCUGGAGCAAUGGAAGUGUGGAAUAUUCGCAUCAUCGUGUGCCCACCCAAGGUCGGUCUUCCGGCAGUUCCGCCCGUCUAGACAAGCAGCGGACGUUUGUUUCAUCCACGCUGGGAGCAUCCACCAAGCCAUCGUCGAACACAAUGAAGUCUUACGCCAGCGAGAACGGCAGCGACAAUGGUCACGGAGAAGACGGUCGCAGCAUCAACGAGAGCAGCGGGAAAAUUCUAAAUUGCACCGCAUGGAGGCAACGGCGCGAACGGGCGAACGAAAAUGCGCGUCCAGUCAUUACGGAGCCCAGCAGCUUAUCGCUCCCACCACCAGCCACCAAGGAUCGCACCGGAAAGGAGUCACCGCCGGGGAAAGAAAUGGCUGACGAGGGUAACCUUGGCGUAGCCCGCAACAGCCCGAAACCCUCGACGGCAAGCGAACGUGUUAAUUUACCCGAGCCCGGUGCGCGAUCGAUGGAAAAGGAUUCGAAAGGCGAGGGUCAGAUUGGCCACGCGCUGAACGAGAUGCUGCCUGUUACGCUGAUCGUGUUUGGGCGGCUGGUGGGAGGAGGGGCGGCCGGGGAGGAUAAUUCACUGCGGGUUGAUCCAUACGUGGGUUUGCUGCGGUGGGACGAGCGAUUAGAGGAUGCCCUCUGGCAAGCGCUGGGGUGGAGCAAAUGGAGCGACUACACCGUCUGCAGCGUUGGCUGCGGGAAAGGUGUGCAGCAACGUUUUCGCCAUUGUUUGCGCUCGGCAAGGGUCCGUGAACCGCCGGCAUCACGUGGAGCACGCAUUUCAACCAUUCCAUCAUCAUCGUCGUCGUCGGUUCCCCCGACGGAGGCAUCGCAACGGGACGAUGCAGCGCACCAUCAACUCCCGGACGCAUCGUUACGCACGCAGCCAGUUACGUUGCAUGAGCCACCAGGCGCCUCCACCGAUGAACAAAGUUUACUGCGGGCGAAAAAGGACGGGGGCAAGCAACCGAAGGAGAAAGGGAAGAGAAUAUCGCACCGUGGUAUGAGGGAAGAUGUUAAGGAUACCAUAAACCUAGCCCCGACGAUUGAGGAAGACUUCGAAGCAGCGGGCAGCUUUCCGACGCCACCGACGACCGGCUUUUCCGAGGCUUCCCAGCAAAACCGUACCCCCGACGGUGGCACGUGGCCAUCCUGUGAGGGGCACAAUAUCGAGCAACGAAGCUGCAACCUGUUCGACUGCACCGGUACCAUCGAUCUCUUGACGGCCCUUCCACCGGAUAACCACGAGCGGAACUGGAACGAAGGAAUUGACGAUCGAAUCAAUUACGAAAUCAAUCGAAUGGAGCAAAACUUUACGCUGAUGAUAAGUCUUCGCCAAGAGCCACUCUACGAGACUGCCACCGGAAAACCAACGGCAGCAGCCGGCGGCAACAUACUGUCGGUUCGCUCGAAGCUAACAACAGGGCCAAGUUUGUCGAUAAAUUUCGUCACCGACGGCCACGGUGGGCUGCGAGUGAUCCAGGAGAAGUACGGACUCUCGGAGAUGCUGCCGGUGCGCGAACCGGCCCUACUCGAUGGCGACUGGCAUUCGCUGGCGCUAAGUGGCCGGAACGGCGGUGGCUUCGUGACCGUAUACGGCGACUGCCGGUGGAUCAACUCGUUCGUUCUGACGAAGGGUUCGAUCGAGCUGCCCCAGUACCCGACGGUGGAGGUUGGCCGGGGCGUGGAGCUACGCCAGCUGACGGUAGUACCGGGGGAAAAGUCGGCCCGACUCCAAUGCCACUCACCUGCGGUGCCGAUUCGCGACGUGGAAAACCGGCAGGUGACGAAUUACUUCGAGCACCUAAACUAGGCCUAAGCUUGGGAAGCUUCAAUAACGGUUAACGAACUCGAAGGAAAGCAUCAAACUAAGAAACGUCCAAAACACUAGUUUAUAAGGCUUCACUUUCAGUGGCCAAACCGAUCUCAUCGAUGCAAACACAGCAAAUAUUGGUUUAGUGAGAGGACUAAAAUAGCUAUUAUAAAACAUAUAAAAUGGCAACGAGCUGCUUGUUGAUGUGGGUUGGAAACCAAUCAAAUCAAAAUGAAUAAGUGGCAAACAAGUUUAUUGAAUUGGAAGCCAGACGAGCACUACAGCUACAACAACACGGGAACGGGAAACAAUAAAUAAUGGGCAGGAACUGUAGAUUAGUGUUAAAUGAGGUGGAAUGCGAAUGGGGGCGCGGUGCGAGCAGAUUGAACGAUCUUGGUAGGUAGUGUAUGGAUUUUUAAUUUCAGAAUUUGUUCGAACUAGAGAACAUCGCCAAAAUGUCCGUUUCAAAAACUUUCGUUGCAUCACGUGAUUUGCGAUAGGACAUAUUAUUGCAUGUGAUUUCGCUUAUGUUUCACUCAAGUGUGUAGCAUGAUUGAAUACAGAUUGGGUUAAAGGAAAAUUGUUUGAAAAGGAGUGUACGAUCGGUUUUGAACGAAGGAUUGAACGAAAUAAAUAUUCUUUUGA